AUGUAUAACUUUGAAGAUGAACUCACCUGCUCGGUCUGCUAUAAUAUUUUUGACGAUCCACAAAUCCUGCCAUGUUCACACACUUUUUGCAGGAAUUGUCUUGAGAAAGUUAUACGUUCCUCAGGCAGUGGCCUUUGGAGGAUAUCUGUUGCCCGGCUUAAAUGCCCAUCGUGCCGAAACACUUCAGAACUUCCGCAGUCGGGAACUCUCGCACUACCCAUAAACUUUGCCCUGAAAUCCAUUGUUGAAAAGUACAAAACUCCAAACCACGUCAAAGCAGCCACCUGCCCUGAGCACAAUAAACAGCCCUUAAAUCUAUUUUGUCUUAAAGACAAAAAGUUAAUCUGUGGCCAGUGCCUUACGGUGGGGCAACACCAAGGACAUGCAAUUGAUGAUCCAGAAAGUUCCUACUUAAGAGAGAAGCUGACUGCCUCGAAAUAUCUCCACAUCCUGAGUGACAAGCACUUUACCGGCGUUUCCUUUGUCAUUAAGAAGCUAGAAGAACAAAUGACUUAUUGUAAACAGAUAGUUCUGGAUGAUAAAAAAGAGGUGAUGGAUUUUUUUGACCAGUUAAACGAGACAUUGGAGCAGAAGAAACAAAACAUGCUGGCUGCUCUAAAUGAUCUAAAUCAACAAAUUGUUGAGGUGUAUGCUCCAAAGAUAGAGGAGAUGAAGGAGAUUCAAGAUGAAGAGCUAGAUCUCAUCUCUCUGAGCAGCUCCGUUCAAGAAGAGACCUCCCCUCUGCUAUUUCUUGAAAACCUUCACAACAUUCGCAAAAGGAUGAAAGCCCUGAAGAAGCGGGAACCUAUUACUGUCCUCCCCGUUGCCAUCUACCCUCAAGCCAGACAGGUUCUAAAUAAUGAAUGGCUGAAAGGUAGUCUUGCUGAAAUCAAUCUGCUGUCAACACCAACAAUAAAUCUGUGCUUCGAAAUGCCUGAAAAAUCCAAAACCCUUCCAGACAAAUGGACAGUUUUUUGUAUUUUACUGAUGAUAACUUUAUUUUUUGUGCUGAUUAUAUGGCUGUACAACAGCAUUACUGUUAAUCAUUUUGCUUCUAGAUACAUGUCGUACCUUUAUGAAAUCAUGGAACCCGUUAGGAAGAGCUUGGGCAGUGACGUGUACAGAAAGCCGGGCUGGGUUUCUGGCAUCAGUCAUAAGUUUAGUUAUCAGGUUUAUUGUGACUAACAACUAAAUAAUUGUUUCUAUAACACACAUGAAACAGUAUGAGUUCAGGCUGCAUUUUAAAAACUAUAGAUUUUCUAUAUCAUUUAUUUUUUAUAAAUGACAUUUAUACACUACAACUUCCAGAUAAAUAAACAACUGACACUCUUACUUUGGUAACUUAAAAUAAUUGUUUUCUCCUAUGAGAGAGCCAAAAUUGUGUAUUGUAUGGCACCUUUAUAAAGAGUAAAAAAUCAUUUUUAUAUUCCAGUUUGUAGUAAUGGUUUAUUAGUUUAGCACCCAUUUCUUUUUUUUGUUUUAUACCAUAUUGCAUGUUUUACUUUUGUUAAUCUAUGAUCUUUUAUAAUGUAAGGUUUCUGUUUCAUAUGUAUAUUAAGGGGUGAAUGUGUUAUUAUAUUCCCUCUUGCUUUGUUAUGGGUUCCAUGGCCACAGUCAUCAUUAACACUGCCCAUAGCCUUCCUGUAAUGUUAUAAUCCCUUUACAAAAAGCCAGCAGGGGGUAGGUGGUCUCGCAGCCCAGGGGUAUGUACAAUUAUGGUCAGGGCACACAGGCACUUAGUGUUGGCAUAUAACCCUGGGCAAACUCUUCCACCUGCUGGUUCGUGAUGCUGUGAGUUGUAGUUCAUGUGGUAGCUGUGGUGCUAUAAUUUGCUUUAUAUGGUCACAAAACACCUCAGUG